AUAUAUAUAUAUUUAUAGAUGUUGGAAAACGUCCAGUGAGCUUCCUUCUUGUUGGGUUGUGCUGCUGCUUCAAGUUUCCUUCUAUAGCAUUUUCCUUCUUUCUAUAAUCUUCAAGCAAGAAAUGGGGAGACAUGCUUGCUGCUUAAAGCAGAAAUUAAGGAAAGGUUUAUGGUCACCAGAAGAAGAUGAGAAACUCUACAAUUACAUCACUAGAUUUGGUGUUGGUUGCUGGAGUUCUGUUCCUAAGCUAGCUGGCCUGCAAAGGUGUGGAAAGAGUUGCAGACUCAGAUGGAUUAACUACUUGAGACCUGACCUCAAGAGAGGAAUGUUCUCACAACAAGAGGAGGAUCUUGUAAUCAGUCUUCAUGAAGUUUUGGGUAACAGGUGGGCUCAAAUUGCAGCACAGUUACCAGGAAGAACAGAUAAUGAGAUAAAGAACUUCUGGAAUUCUUGUUUGAAGAAGAAGCUCAUGAAGCAAGGUAUAGACCCAGCAACCCACAAGCCAAUAACUGAAGCACUGGAAGUGAAAGAGGAGAAGAUUUGUGUAGAUAAGGUAUCCUUGCAAAUUCCGCAGUCAAAAGCGCUACCAGCUGUGGCAAACACGGCAACACAGGAGCCAACCUUUCUCAUUAACGGUACUACUUGCUAUAGCAAUGGAUUAACAGAAAAUUCAGGAGAGCAAUUCAUGAACAAGCAAAUCUUUGAUCCCUUCUCCUACUAUGAAUUCUCAGCAGGGAUUGAGCCAGGCAGGUAUAACUCAAGCAUUCCAGGUCUGCAACGCCCAAACCUCAGACCCUUUGAUCAAACCCAAUUCGAAACAAGCUCAAUCUUUUCAUUUACUUCAAUGCCAAGUUUAACAAGUUUCGACCAUGGAAGCGUGAGUGCAACAGAUUUCUCCGACAAUUCUGGUUCAAGAAUGAGCUCUAUGUUCUUGAACGAGGCUAAAGAAAGUUCCAGCAACUGCUCAAAUAUAAGCAGUUAUACAGGUACAGGACAUCAGAUGAACUGUAUGAUGGAGAAUAAUGCAGCUUUCUCUUGGGAUGCCGAUAACAAAAUAGACUCGAUGUUUCAGUUUCCGAUGAAUGGAAUCAAGAUGGAAGAAUUAAGGCCGAGCCCAUGGCAAGAAGGACAGCUUCACACUCGGAAUUCAGUAUAUUUCAGUAGCUGUCCGUUAACGUCUCUAUCAGAAGAUCUAACAGGAGUAAAUUUCGAGGCCUACCACCAGAUAUGAACUGUAAAUUCAUUCUUCUAUCUUUCUCUAUAUCUCUAAACAAAUACAGAAGAUGCUGAUUGCUGAUCAUACAGGGGUGUUCUAUUUUAUUUUAUUUUUCUCAUUAACUACCGAUUAAGCUAAUAUUUCUGUGGCUUUUAAUCUGUGUUGCUGUUUUUCCUUUUCUUGUCUACUUUGUUUUGUGUAUUAAUUUGUUUCCAAAACAGCUGUAAUAAUGUACUGAAAAUUUCAAGAGUGAAAACUAAUUUUGUGGUC